GGCGGCCCGAGCCUCGGCGGCGGCGGCGACGGCGGCGGCGGCGGCGGCGCUGACACCUCCCACCAUGGACAGCUUCGACUUAGCCCUGCUCCAGGAAUGGGACCUCGAGUCGCUGUGUGUCUAUGAACCAGAUAGAAACGUGUUACGGAGGAAAGAACGAGAAAGAAGAAAUCAGGAAACUCAGCAGGAUGAUGGCACGUUUAAUUCAAGUUACUCCCUCUUUAGCGAACCCUACAAGACUAACAAGGGGGAUGAGCUCUCCAACCGGCUCCAGAACACUUUAGGCAAUUACGAUGAAAUGAAAGACUUUUUAACGGAUAGAUCGAAUCAGAGUCAUCUCGUUGGCGUUCCCAAACCUGGGGUUCCUCAGGCUCCUGUGAACAAGAUUGACGAGCAUUUUGUGGCAGAUUCAAGAGCCCAGACCCAGCCUGCAUCCGUCUGCAGCACCACGUCCUCCGCCCCAGCAGUGGUCCCCGGGCAGCAGAGUAAGAGGGGCACCGUGGGCUGGCAGAAGGCCGGGCACCCACCGUCCGACGGCCAACAGAGAGCAACACAACAGGGCUCUCUCAGGACCUUGCUUGGAGAUGGUGUUGGCAGACAGCAGCCGCGGACCAAGCAGGCGUGCAAUGUCGAGGUGGGUCUUCAGGCCCAGGACAGGCCACCUGCUAUGGGAGCCAAGCACAGCGGCAGUGGCCACUGUGUUCAGAACUUUCCUCCAUCCCUGGCUUCAAAACCUAGCCUCGUCCAGCAGAAGCCGACUGCCUACGUGCGACCGAUGGAUGGCCAAGAUCAGGCUCCCGACGCGUCCCCGAAGCUGAAGUCGCCCGCAGAGACCAGCGUGCACUGUGCGUCAUACAGGGCAGCCUCAGCCGCCAAGCCAGAGUCCGCCAGGGCCAAGGCCAAGCUCUCCAAGUUCAGCAUCCCCACACAAGGAGAGGAGAGUAGAUCUGGAGAAACCAACAGCUGUGUUGAAGAAAUAAUUCGGGAGAUGACCUGGCUUCCACCACUUUCAGCUAUUCCAGCCCCUGGAAAAGUGGAACCGAGCAAAUUUCCAUUUCCAAAUAAGGACUCUCAGCUCACUUCCUCGGGACACAGUAAUCCAAAGAAAGGUGAUGCUGAGCCAGGGAGUCCAGACAAUGGCACAUCGAACACAUCCUCUCUGGGAUGGUUAUCCCCAUUUACUGAUAAGGGAAAUGAUGCACUGAGAGGAAUGCUAGAAGAUGACCUUAAGCUAAGUAGCGAUGAAGAGGAAAAUGAACAGGCAGCCCAGAGAACGGCUCUCCACGCUCUGUCUGACAGUGCCGGGCUCCCGCAGGCCAACGGCAGGGCCUCCGUGCCCUCCAGCAAGGGCAGCAGCAGCAGCAGCGGCAGCAGUUCCUCCAGCGACUCGGAGAGCAGCUCGGGAUCUGACUCAGAGACCGAGAGCAGCUCCAGCGAGAGUGAGGGCAGCAAGCCUCCCCACUACUCCAGCCCUGAGGCCGAACCAGCGUCCUCUAACAAGUGGCAGCUGGAUAAAUGGCUAAACAAAGUUAAUCCUCACAAGCCUCCUAUCCUGAUCCAAAACGAAAGCCACGGGCCGGAGAGCAAUCAAUACUACACCCCGGUGAAGGACGAAGCGCCAGACUGCGGGAAGCUUCCCGACAACGUCUGCGCGCCCAGCCUGAGAGACAAGGACAUCAAGAGCGCCUGCAAGGAGGAACAGAGGCCGAGGACCGCGAACAAGGCCCCGGGGAGCAAAGGGGUGAAGCAGAAGUCCCCGCCCGCGGCCGUGGCCGUGACCGCCGCCGCCCCGCCGCCCACGGUGGCCGGUGCGCCCGCCGAGAGCGCGCCCGCGCCCGCCCGGAGGUCCGCGGGCAAGAAACCCACCCGGCGCACCGAGAGGACCUCGGCCGGCGACAGUGGCCACCGGCCCGAGGAGCCCGCAGCCGCGGACGCGCUGGGGGCGAGCGCGGGGAUCCCCCCGGAGCCCCCCAAGCCCCGGCCCUGCGGCGCCAGUAGGACCGUCCACCGCAAGGAGCUGCGCUCGGCCAUAACCUGCGAGAAGCGCCGCACGCGGGGGCUGAGCCGGAUCGUCCCCAAGUCCAAGGAGUUCAUUGAGACGGAGUCGUCCUCUUCGUCCUCCUCCUCGGACUCGGACCUGGAAUCGGAGCAGGAGGACGACCCUCUGUCCAAGGCCGCUGCCGCCUCCGGGAGCGACCCGAGGCUGAAGGAGGCUGCCAACAGCAUCAGCGGUGGCGGCCCCCGGGCCCCUGUGGGCUCUAUCAACGCCAGGACCACCAGCGACAUCGCCAAGGAGCUGGAGGAGCAGUUCUACACACUGGUCCCCUUCGGCCGCAAUGAACUUCUCUCCCCGUUGAAGGACAGUGACGAGGUCAGGUCACUCUGGGUCAAAAUUGACCUGAGCCUCCUGUCCAGGAUCCCAGAACACCUGCCCCAGGAGCCGGGGGUCCUGAGCGCUCCCGCGGCCAAGGACACCGAAAGCGCCCCCCCGAGCCAUGCAUCCGACGCGCCCACAGAAAAGGCUUUGCCAAAAUCCAAGAGGAAACGCAAGUGUGACAGCGAAGAUGAUUACCGGGAGGUCAAGAAGGCCCAGGGAGAGAAGGAGAGCUCUUCACGACUCACUGCCUCUGCCGGCAGUGCUUUGUCCGCCAGCCACUGCAACGUGAACGUCAGCAGCUUGGCAAUCCCAAUAAAUAAAAAUGAAAAAAUGCUCCGGUCACCCACCUCACCCCUCUCCGACGCAUCUAAACACAAAUACUCCGGCGAGGACCUGACUUCCCCCAGCAGAUCCAACAGCAAUGGUUUGUUCACUUCCGCCUCGUCCAACAAAAAGCAUAAGGCUGAGAACCAGCUGCAGACCCAUGGUGGAGACCUCACGAAAGCGGCUCACGGCAAUUCCGAAAAUGUUCUCCACAAGUCACGGCCACAGACAGAGCCAUGGUCUCCAGGCUCCAAUGGCCACAGGGACUGCAAGAGGCAGAAACUCAUCUUCGAUGACAUGCCACGCAGUGCAGAUUAUUUUAUGCAAGAAGCUAAGCGAAUGAAGCAUAAAGCAGAUGCAAUGGUGGAAAAGUUUGGAAAGGCUCUGAACUAUGCUGAAGCAGCCUUGUCAUUCAUUGAAUGUGGAAAUGCAAUGGAGCAGGGCCCAAUGGAGUCCAAAUCUCCUUAUACAAUGUAUUCAGAAACAGUUGAGCUCAUCAGAUAUGCUAUGAGACUAAAAACCCACUCAGGCCCCAAUGCCACACCAGAGGAUAAACAGCUGGCUGCAUUAUGUUACCGAUGCCUGGCUCUCCUGUACUGGCGGAUGUUUCGACUCAAAAGGGAUCACGCUGUAAAGUAUUCAAAAGCACUUAUCGACUAUUUCAAGAAUUCAUCUAAAGCUGCCCAAGCCCCAUCUCCAUGGGGGGCCAGUGGAAAGAGCACUGGCACCCCAUCCCCCAUGUCUCCCAACCCCUCCCCCACCAGCUCCGUGGGAUCUCAGGGGAGCCUCUCCAAUGGGAACGCCCUGUCCCCAUCAACCAUCGUCAGCAUCCCACAGCGCAUCCACCAGAUGGCAGCCAACCAUGUCAGCAUCACCAACAGCAUUCUCCACAGCUACGACUACUGGGAGAUGGCGGACAACCUGGCCAAGGAGAACAGAGAAUUCUUCAAUGACCUGGACCUGCUCAUGGGACCAGUCACCCUGCACAGCAGCAUGGAGCACCUGGUCCAGUACUCCCAGCAGGGCCUGCACUGGCUGCGGAACAGCACCCACCUGACAUAGGGACCCCGCCUUCGGGCUGGAGGGCACUCUUGUCUUCACGGACGGCUCAGCAUUUCCGGACACUGUGCUCCUGAAGUUCCCAGCCACAGAAUUUCUCAAACGGCGAGAGUCUCCCAUUUGAACAUAGAAUGUCUAUCAUCAUUUUUUUCUAUUUGAAGACAUUAUUUCAUCAGAAGUUCCGUACAAGUUCAACUGGCCUUAUCCCUCCAUGACCUGAACGGACCUGGAUUACAAUUGUUAGAGUUAUCUUUGAAAGAGAGGAACCCAAAUAUAUUCCUGAUCAAAAUGUGGGAUUUGUUACCAUUCGACACAGAUCAGACUAAUGUGCAGAAUUGUGCUUGGAAAGAGAGGUUCGGUUAAAACACAUUUCUGGAAACUUUCAAAUCACAGAGGGAAACUCGGACCCACUGUCUAAAGAGGAAUGCACUGGAAAACAAAAUCUGAAGAGUUGACAAAUUGUGUACUAGAUUGACCACAUGGAAUCAAUGCAAUGAGCCUUCUGCACUAAAACGUACCCUCGUAUCUGCAACAAUGAUGUGUGUAUUAUAUAACAGUGAUGUGUACAUUUCUGACAUCCCAUACAUAAUACACAGUUUGUAUAAAUGCAUACGUUUAAAAAUAUAUAUGUACAAUACAGCUAACAUAAAACUGUAGUACGCCUGGAGGAUAUGACUAGUGCCUAAUAUUGAGUAUAAGUCACUACGUGUUCAAAUCACCUCAGAAGUGCAGUAAUUGUUAUCAAAUUAAUCAGUGCAGCCAACCUUAUUUAUGAACCACAUCUUUGAA